UUAUAUAGUAACCAAAAAGCAAGAGUCGAUGAUCGAAGUGCUAAGUUAUUGUUUUACCAGUAAAAUUUCAUGUGUGGAAUUUGUUUAAAGCGAUUUAAAGCUCUGAUUUGUUAACUUUGCCUAGUUAUAUUAAUUAGGAGUUAUAUUCUGAUGAUUGCUACAACAUAAUGGGCUGUUUAACAUGGAUAAGAGGUUUAAAAAUGCCUUUCUCUUUUAAAGACAAGGAACUGAAUAAAAUAGCAGCAUUCUUUAAUGUAACCACAUUCCUGUUGACUUGUGCUGCGUUGGUCCAGCCCAGUUGGUUCAGGAUCAAGGGUCUGCAUUGCACUCAGAGUCUGUCCCUCGCUCAGUUCUUCACUUUUGAUGAUGGUGAUGAUGAUUCUGAGGAUAUAAAAAUACGCCAAGAUUCAGAUAUUGACCCCAUAAAUAGGAUGUAUGGUUUACCACCAUGUACCACACCAGAAAUCAUCACACUAAUGAGAAUACUAAUAUUGCUAUGUUUUAUGGUAUUACUCUCAUCUUGCAUUGGUAUUCUUAUUAACUUGAGCAGUCUGAACAGCCGAGCUAUCAAACUUUUACGUAGGAAUGCCGUGCCUAGCAUAAUGUGUGUGUUCUGGGUCAUUGCUAUUGUUGGUGUAUGCUACUACACCACUGUUGUCUUGGGAAAUGAAAACAAUGGGGACCCAGAUUCAAUACAAGUUGAUUAUGAAUAUGGCUUUUAUACUAUAACAGGAGCAGGUGCCCUUGCCCUGUUGGCGUCCGCAGCUAAUUUAUGGGGUGCGCCAUUAACCACAGAUGAUGAUACACAUAGACGGACUCUUCUUGAUGACUGGGAUGGCUAUGAAGCCCACAGCGUGGGACCUACGCCAUCGGUGCCUACUCUACCCCCUUACACUCCCAGCGCAGACUUUGUACCCACAGUGCAUACUACAUAUGCCCCACCUGUAUUAGGAACACAACAGUAUUUUCCUUUCGAUGAUCUCACAGUUCUCCCUCCACCGCCACCUUACACUCCUUGAAAUUUUCACUAAUUUCCAAAAGCUAUAUAUUCUAUCAUUCAUUACCUUAUUUAUUCAUUACCAUUUAUCAUUUAUUUUUUUUUGCUUUAAUGGUACACACAGCACCAAUGAAAAACUAUACAUAUUAUUCUGUGUGUAAAUCAUGUGUACAAAAACCAAGAACAUAUGUAUUUAUUUUCCAUGCUUUCAAUUGGCAUUGUGCGUUUCUGUUGUCUUGUUGUUGUUCAAGUGUGUAAGGCUUGUGAAGGACGUUUUAAAAAUUUAUUAUGAUAAUAUAAUGAAACAUCACUAAUAUGACUACCUGUUAGAAUUCUCAUUAACUGUUACACCCUAGGGUUAUCGAUGAGGUUUAGACGACCGGUGAUAAUUCAAAUAGCAACAAAUCUUUGAGCUUUGAAAUAAAAUUUUCGAUAAAUAAGUCCUUUGCUGUCAAAAUAUGUGCACGCAACUGAAAUUCCGGAACUAAGUGCUCGUGAUAUAUUUUAAUUUCUAAUCGGCAAAUGUAGUGUGCAUAAAAUUUUAAAUAGCCAAAUAUUAAUAACAAAUAAAAAUAAACUUAGAUAAUGUCUUAAUAUUCAGUGUUAUGUAUCUGUUCUAUGUAUAUUGUGGUUGUGAGUCGAAAAUUAAUUGAUGUCUUUAUACUUCAGUACCUAUGUGAUUUGCCAUUUUAGUGCCUAUUCGUGUCGGUAUUUCUCAAAAUGCUUUAAUGUUAAAAUUUAACAAAUUUUGUUCGUUAAUUAACUUAGCCUUAAAAUUAUGUGUUAGGAAUUAGGACCAAUGCGACGCUUUGGUACAUAGAUAAUGACAAGAAAAUAUAAUAAUAAAAAUAAGUUCAAUCAACGAAAUAAGGCAAAUAUUGGGUUAAUUUUAGAAUUUUAUUUCAAUUCCCUAGAAAUAAACCUACCGAUUCUUACCGAUACAUGCAAUGGAUAUUUUUUUUAUUGAUUUUAGAAUAAAAUACCACAGCAUGAAACUAGAAAUAAUUAAUAUUUAAAAAAAUAUGAUCUGAAUUUGUAAAUAAUAAAUUCAAAGACAUGUUAUAAUUAUCACUUUGAAAUGAGCUUUUAGACUUAGUCAACAACUGGAGAUCUGUUUAAUAAAAAAUGGAAUUAUGUAUUAUAAUAGUACUGGUAGCAAUUGAUGUAUAAUGUUCCAUGUUACCAAAAAUAUAACUAUGUUAUUAGUUCUAAUGUUCGUUGAUGUAUAGAUUUCUUCUAGGUAUAAGCAUAGUUAUUCCUGGUUCAAUAAACUAGGAAGUUUAUUUUUACAAUUAUAAUAUAAGAUUUUAUUUUGUGUAAGACCAAUAUGCAAUACAUAUCUACAAAUAA